AGCGCCGAACCCAAAAUUGCCGAUUGACCUAAAUUAAACCUAUCCUAACCUAGCAAUGACUUUGUUGGAAACCCAUCUGUCCUAGAGUUUCUUCUCGAAGAAAGAUGGCCCUCCCCCACCAAAACUUUAACUCCGAGUGUAAAACACGGCCAUCUCGGUCGGCUCUAAACUUCAGUCACAGUCUCGACAGACGGGACGCGUAAUUUAGAGUGGCAUGAGGCGGCCAACGGUAUGCAGUGGGUAUACUGGUUAUGGCUCGUGUUGGUUGAAGCUUUACGGAUAAUGGUCUAUAUAGCUGCUAUGGUAUUUCUUUCUUGCUUACUAUGAUCAUAAUCACAACUGUUAUUCACUCACUAACAUUCACUACACUCAUUCAACACAUCCGUAAUCGUUAACCAUGGUUCACUCUACAUGCUCCUUGCUGUCGCUAGCCGCCAGCGCCGCAAUGGCUCAUGCGGCGGCUCCCCUAUACCAGUCGCCCGUCAACAUCCCCGGCUGGGGCAGUGUGCAGGGUACGGCUGCGCUUAACAGCUCCGUCGCCGAAUAUGUCGUUAACUGGGCCAAUAUCUCCUUCUUCGGCGGUAUCCCCUUCGGCGCCUCUACAGAGGGCGCCAACCGCUUCGCGCCGCCUCAGCCCGCGUCCCCUUGGAAUACAACGCUCGACGCCACCAGCUUCGGGCCCAUCUGUCCGACCUCCAACAUGCAGCUCAAGCAGUACAGCAUGAGCGAGGACUGCCUAAGUGUCAACAUUUGGACGCCCGCUACGUCCGCCGAUGAGAAGCUGCCCGUCGCUUUCUGGAGCUACGGUGAUGGUACAGCCCCGCCCCAGACCGGGUUCAAUGGCGCCGGCGUUGCCUCCAAAGGCAUCAUCUUCGUGUCUUACAACUACCGCAACGGUGUGCUUGGCUUUUUGGCCGACUCACGCCUGCCCGAGACCUCCGACAGCAACGCUACAGGUAACUGGGGCGUUCUGGAUCAGUUCGCCGCCGUCAAGUGGGUCCAUGAGAACAUUGCUGCCUUCGGUGGUGACCCGGACCACAUCACCGUUCUCGGACAGUCCUUCGGCUCGGCUGCUACUUACCACAUUGUCAACAGCAACUUGACCACUGGACUGGGCAUAGUCGGCGCCAUCUCCGAGUCCGGCGUGCGCUCGCCCAACGAUGUCAUGACCAGUGAAAUCGCCCUCUCGUACGACACCAUGGAAGCUGCCGAGGCCAUCGGUGCUGACGCGCUUGCGGCCAUCAACGCGACCACCAUCGAGGAGGCCCGCGCUGUCACAUAUGAGACCAUUCUCGCCAACACCGGCAGCCAGGACCAGCAGAUUAAGCCCGUCCUUGACUACUACGCCAUCCCGGACAAGUACAUUGUCACCAUUCGUGACGGUGCCGCCAACAAGGUUCCUUACAUCACGGGCAACAACGCCGACGAGUACGGUGUGACCGACACCUUUACCACGACCGUGGCCGACUUCACCUCCUACGUUCAGGGCAACACCGGAAACACAUCUGCCGCCUUCCUCGCAGCCUACCCGGCCAACAAUGAUACCCAAGCCUCGCAAUCCCAGAUCGCCUUCGUACGAGAUCAGAGCACCGUCAGCAGCUGGCAGGCCAUGAGCGGAUUCGGCGAAUCGUCCGGCGAGCUCACCUACACCUACUUCUGGAACUACGCCCCUCCUAAUGACGGUAGCGCGUCGCACGGCUCCGAGAUCCCUUACGCUCUGGGUAACCUCUGGGCCCAGCCGGGUGUCAACUAUACCUCUGAGGACUACUACAUUGCCAACGUUCUGAGCAGCUACUGGGCCAACUUCAUCAAGACCAGCGACCCUAACACCGGCAGCUCUUAUAACAACGGCUCCCUUCCCGCCACCUGGAACGCCAACUCUCAAACCGAGAAGACUACAUUCAAGGUUGGCGCCGAGUAUAAGAACAUUGGCGUUGCCGCCUCCGAGGCGAGAAUCCAAGCUUUCCUAGAGUGGUUCGCUAUCACCCCUGCUAUCUAAGCGCUAACCUAUUAUUAAAUGUACGAUGAACUUUACUAAAGUUUUAAUUUCGUACGAUUAGUUAUUAAAAAGAUAAGGGGCAUAGUUUAUUAAAAAUCCGCGAAUUAACUUUUUUAACCUUUUUAAGUUUAAUUUAUAUAAUAUAUAUAUUAAACAAAAAGACUCUAUUUUAUUAUUUUAAAUAUAUUUUUAAAAGAGUUAUAUAAUA